AUGCAUUUGGAAAAAAUAGUUACAGUAUUACCUUUAUCACUCAGAGAAGGAGCUGUGGUUGCAGUGCUGGAAUGGAUCCCAGAGCGGAGGGGAUGUGACUGGGGCUUUGCCGGCCUCACUGUGUCUGCCAUUUUUAAUUUUCAGAGUCGGUUGACUGUAAUCUUGUUGCUUAUAUAUUCCUGUGCUUAUAUCCCAUCCUUGGCACACAGCCUCCUGGACAGAAAUAAAACUGGAUUGUUGGGUAUAUUUUGGAAAUGCUCCAGAAUUGGUGAACAGAAGAGUCUUUAUGUUGCAGUAUGCUGUAUAGUGAUGGCCUUCAGCUUCUUCUUCAUACAGUAGCCUGGGAAAAUAUCAUAAUUUAAUUGCCAUCAGAU